CAGUUCUCUCUCUCUUCACGUACCGAGAAGGUAUCGCUGUUAACCGCCGCUACGACCGGCUAGAAAGCCGAUUUCCCUCUCUCUCUCUCUUUCCCAUUCUCUCUGGUUAGUUUCCUUCUCUUCUCUCCUGAAAUAUCCUCUCGGCGUAUUUCAAAGAUAGCUCUCGUGAAAAAAAGAACGGUGAGCUCGAUGCUUGGAUAGAAAUUCAGUUAACAGUGCGAUCGAAGUUAGAUCAAUCCCUUUAAGUUUAUUAUAGUAGAUAUACAUGUACGUGCAUGAGAUAAAUGUGUGAAUUAGAUAAGUGUUAUUGAAAUAUGAUUUAAAAAAAAAACAAUAAAAAUAACAUGAUCAAACAUUGCAAAUGUUAUUAUACGAUGAGGAAAAAUGAUCAAAUUGUUAUCGAAGAUAGUUACUACGAAUAUGAUACGUAGGUGAAGAAAAAAAUCGUAUCUACUUUUCGAAUGAAUAUAUAUAAUAUUUAUUUAAUACAAAUGAAAAACACGUGUGUAUAUAUUAAAAAGGUGAAUUAUUUGGGAGGAUCGAGAAGAAAGUAUGACGCGUAUUCGCGAGAAAAAUACGACAGGGCAUCGAGGAUCGCAUUACCGAUCUCUACAUCUGCACGUAGAGAGAAGGCCUUAAAGCGAAGAGGAAGGUGAAUCAACUCGAACGGAAAAACGCGCUUCUCCUUCUGCAUCCUGCGACGGGAAAAACGUGCUAGUGGGGGAAAAAGAGAAAAAGAAGAUCUUUCUCUCUCUCUCGGUCUAUCUAUCUCUCACUCUCUUUGGUACGGAUAAAGAGAGAAAGAGAGAUAGAGUGCUCUCGAGAAAGAGCAGGAGCCAGAAGCGGUGGAUCCGGCCGAGUUGACAGUCGAAAGGCGAGCCAACGGAGGCUGGAACUCGCGAGUGGAACUCGUUAACCGGUUUCCGCGGAUCGGCAUGCAGAGCGACACCUAGUAUAUUCUUCUACGUGAGCCCAUCGAGCGUAUCUCCCUUGAUCCUUCCUUCUAUCCUCUUUCUCUUUCUUUCUUCCUCUUAUUCUCUCUCUCUCUCUCUCUCUCUCUUUCUCUCUUUUCUUUUUUCUUUCUUUCUUUCUCUCCCACUUUAACAGUCAUUCGUACGAAGGGACCGGUAUUUUGCCGAUCAUAGAUUAAUAUCGUCACCUGCAAAACGAUAAUAAUAAUAGUAUCGUUAGAAGGAAUAGGAACUUAUUCUGCCUCAAUCUUUCUAAAGAACAGAACAGAACAGAACACGUUCUCGACAGUUCGAGAAACUAUUUUUGAAUUUUCCCAAUUCUUGAGGGAUAAAAGGAAAACAAGCACAGUAAUCCGUAAGUUUCUGGAUUUAGAGACGAAUUUAACCUAUUUCGAGAAGAAGUUAGUGAGAAAGAGAAACAGAGACGAUUAGAGUGAAUCGCACACAUACAUAUAUAUAUAUUUAUAUAUAAGUAUAUUUCGUUUCGAAGAAGUCAAUUUUCAAGAAACACUUGAAACUUCAACUAAGUUCGAAUUUCAAGAAAGAAGAAUAAGAAGAAUACGACGAGGACGGGAAUAUUCGAGGCCUUCGAGGGGAGAAUUCCAGACAAAUUCUCGAAGACGACUCCGUUCGGAUGCUCAACUUAUAUCUCGGAGAGUUGAGAAGGCGCCGCGACAAUUAAAGUGGAAAGUGUGCCUCGUCGUGUGCUAAGUGCUGGUAGAUGCUACUACCAUCCGAGUUGGUGGUGCUCGCUAUGUAACACGAUUUAGAAAGUGCCUUAAGGUGUGCCGUGAAACGUGUGUAAACUAGCUUCGCACGAAAACUAGUCGAUUGGGAAUAUAUACAAGAAUUUAAUGUGAGACCGUAAAAAAGGUUACUUUUUUUGUUCCUUUCUUAUUUCUGUUAUAGUUUUGCGGUUUUGUUUUUUUUUCGAAUAACGUAUAAAAAAGAAUAUUUCGGAUGAAGUUGUAGUUGUGCCACGAAAAAAAAAAGAAAACAAGAAACGUAAUUUUCGUUAAAUCGUUAAUGAAGAAGAAACGAUAGCGUCAGUGUGGAAUCGACGAGGAGGUGGUCGGCGGUAUCGUCGAAAGGAUCGUAAAGGAUCGGAGGAGAAAGGGCUGCGAGUACGAGUCUCGAGUUCGAAGACGAAGCGGUGCAACAACGGUCGUCGUGGCAUGAAGAGGUUCGUACGCGGACGUAAAAUCCUGGCCGCAUUCUCCGCGAUUAUGGGACGCCUUGGAAAGGGCUCGCAAAACGCAACACGGCCCAUCUUCAGGGUACAUUAUCGUAAACUCGUUGACGAGUACUCGCAGCAACAGGAGCAACUCAAGUUUAUGCCAGCACUACCAGAUUACAUGUCCUAUUGUUGCUGUCGAUGCGGUCAUACGCAAAAACUCAAAGCGGAAGAAUUGAACACCAUAGUCGGCAAUGCUUUUCGUAUGGCGUACGUGGCGCAGCUCCAGCGCCAACCGAUCCUUCAGGAUGUAAUCUCGCCGCAAUCCUCACCACACUAUCGCAAGGACAAACAGGAACAUCGAACUUCCUGGAACAAAUCUUUGUCCGGCGACAGUUCGAUCGCCGGGAGUGGAGGCGGCUGCAGGAAUUCGUCCUCGAAUUCGUGGCUGAAAAGUCGGACGUCGCCCACGUCCAGAACUGGAAGCGGUUCGUCCGCAGCGGACAUGAACGUACAGCUCGGCAGCGCCGGCUCGCCCACGUUGCGACUAGCCAGCGUAAAGACACCAAAUUCCAUCCCGGGUCUACGGCCGUCGCAUAAUUUUACGAACGUCCUCGGUCCGAUAACGAACGAGGAUGAACCGAAAAGUAUUUCGCAGCAGAGUACGCCAAGUAGCGAUGAGAGUAACUCGCCAACGGAGCUGAACUCGUAUAAGAGACUGACGGACAAGCCACCGCUGAUAAAGCGUCUGGCGAUGGGCCUAACUGGUGGGCGCGACGUUCUCGGAUUAAAUGGUGAAGACGACAGCUGUCCGCUCGUAAGCGGUAGCAGCACGCCAACUAGCCCCUCAAACAGACCACAUUCCGGUGGCUACAUCAACGAAGCGAUCAUCGACUCUGAAGGCACGAGGCCGUCUUAUAAUAAGAUACAACCUUCCGAGACCAUCGAUAACACCAUCAAUGCUUCCAUUACUGCCAAAAACUUUAACAUCGAAAAUAACAGGAUAGGACAUAAUUCACCAAGUUCGGGAACGGAAACAGAAUUUAAAUCGAAAAGAAGAUCGCAAAUUAGUACUUCAAGUAGUUCGGUACCAGCAGACGGGAGCACCCAUGGCUCGACCCCAACACCUCCUCCUUUACCAGAGAGAACGGACAGUUUGAAUAAUCGUAGCGAGGAAGCUGAACUACGUAAAGCACCUUGGUUCCAAGCUGGUAUACCGAGGGAAAUAACGUUGGAAGUGUUGAGCCAGGAACCGGAAGGAGCCUUCAUGGUACGAGAGAGUACCAGUAAACCCGGAUGUUACGCCCUUUCGCUCCGAGUACCGCGUGAAUUUCAACCAAGCGGAAUCGCCCAUUAUCUCAUAAUGCGAACUAACAAAGGCUACAAAAUUAAGGGCUUUACGAAAGAAUUCACAACGCUGACAGCCCUGAUAACCCACCAUUCCGUAAUGCCAGAGUUGUUGCCGUGUCCACUGUCGUUAAGCCGAUACAAUCCCAGCUUCGUGAAGAGCGACUCGAACAAGGAUUUCGCGGACAUCGACUCGGAUCCGGAUUACAACACGCUCGCGGAUUUUCGCAAAAUGAUGGCCGAUCUGAACGUCUAGAAAGAGAAAGAAAGAAAGAAGGAAAGAAAGAAAGAAAGAGGAAGAUAGAGAAAGGAAGAGGAAGAUAGAGAAACAUGCAUUACGUGACCGUGUUUCAUAAUAACAUCGAAGGAUGGACGACAUCGUGUGUCGACCUUUCAAACGAACGGGUUUAUGAGGACGAAAUACUCCCACAAAAGUCUAUGUACAGAAAGAAAAGUAAGAUAUAAAACCUACGCUAUUUAAUCGGGAUCGUAAGGAACGAUAUCUAUCAACUGUGUUUACCUGUGAAGACGAUAAAACCAUGAAAAGUAAAAUAAAUAUUCUACGUGAUAUCGCAAUGAAAGUAGAUUAGUAUUACAAAGGUAAAUGACAUCGUGACAUCGUGUGAUUUGAAGCCGUAUUUAAUUGUGAACAUUUUUUUUUCUUUACGAUUGAAUAUCAACGUUCCAAGUUCGUCGAUAGUGAUCAAAUAAUCUAUAUGACUAUAAAUAUAAUUUAAGCGAAUAGCACAGAAAAUUGUGUGCAAAUCAAAAGUCAAUCGAUGCGCGCACGCGAGGAAAAUAAAAAAGAGAGAGAGGGAGAGAGAGAGAGAGAGAGAGAGAGAGAAAGAAAGAACGACACGUUGUUGGUUGCUGUUGUGCGCUUCGAAAGCAAUUUUGUCGUAAAGUCUGCCUCGAUCGAUGAAACUUCAAAGAGAAAUUUUCUCGACUAAAUAAAAGUGAUAAAGUCUGACAAAUUAACGAUUCCGGUCAAAGCUUUUCUCGUUAAUUUAAUUUCCUUUCAAUUUUGGUUGAAAAUUUAACAUUUAAUUCUAACGUAGAAAUCGAUUAUUAAAUAUCAUACAUAUAUUUCUGAGUUUAUUUUUUUCUUCAUCGAAGCAGGCUCUCAACGACGAUCGAACAAACGUUAUAAUCAAAAAGUACAUUACGAAUAUCGAUCAAAGUCAAGCUAGACGAUGUACGCUUUAGGAGAAAACGAGAAUAUGAAAGAUUGUCGAACUACUGGAAUAACUUGUAAUAAGUUAAUUGUAAUGUAUGGAUGUGUGUAACUUGAUAACAUACUCGAGUGUUCCCUUUAAUAUAUAAAUAUAAAUAUAUAUAUUAUAAAAAAAAAUAAAAUAAAAAGAAAGAGAAAAAGAAUAAAAGAAAUAAGAAAUUAAAUAAACGGUGAGUUCGAUAUUGACUGGAAAGUGGCUCGGUAUUAAUGCCAUAUUGAUGUUCGUGCGGCUCGAUAGUACGUUAUCAAAUGAAUGUAAAUGUGUUUAUAUGUAUAUAGAUGAUAAUUAUCGUUACGCGCAAAGCAGCUUAUAAUUUAAUUAAUUAAAGAGUCAAAGUGAGAGCAACGAGAGAAAAAAAAGAGAAGAAGAAAAAAAAGAUACACGAGAAGGGAGUAGUCGCAAAGUAGUUCGGGAAAAGAAAAAAAAAA